AUGGCUUCUACGCACUGGCCAGUGUUAGGAGACCUUAAAGCCAAAAUUGUUACCCAGCAACGACACUGCAGUCUCUCAGAUAAGCGUAUAUUAAGCGGGCAGGGGCGCGCGGGGCUCGCGGGGGGGGGGGGGGGGGGGGGUAAGGGCUAUCCGGUUACGAGCAUCCCGCCCGCCCGUUCCAGUUUAGAUAAUUUUAGCCGCGCCGCAAAUCGGGAGGACAGGGGGAGGCCCGAGCCAACGAAUCCAUUUUCCAUCCACGGCGGCCACGGUUCGCGAACUGGGCGGCUCCUGCUGUUUUACGAAUGGGCAGACAAGUCCGGGUCGGAAUGGCUCCUGCAGUUGUACGAAUGGGCAGACAAGUCCGGGUCGGAAUGGCUCCUGCUGUUGUACGAAUGGGCAGACAAGUCCGGGUCGGAAUGGCUCCUGCAGUUGUACGAAUGGGCAGACAAGUCCGGGUCGGAAUGGCUCCUGCUGUUGUACGAAGGGGCAGACAAGUCCGGGGAAGUACCACGGCCUCACAGAGACCGGUGCAUCUUUAGUAGUAAAGUAACAGCCUAUAAAUGUCACACUGUC